AUACCCUUGAUGGGUUUAGCCUGCUGUUUAUGGUCACUCAUCGUGAGACUUCUCGAUGGUUGUAAGAAAGAAGGAAAGGUUCGGUGCAGAAAAGAGAGGUCACGGUCACGAAAAUUAUCGAAUUGUAUGCCGCGUUGUUUUUUGCUUUAUUUUCCCCCUCUCUCGUAUCCUCUCCCAGACGUCACCUCAACGUUUUAUAUGCUCCAUACAGUGAAGUUAAGCUUUUAAUACCGCUCUUUCCAAUUGUUUUUCUUGUCGUCAUGUUUUCUUCCACACUCGCGCUGGGGUAUCUAAGUGUGCCAGUGACCGUGACUCACACCAUGUAUACGGGCGAUCAACCGGUUCAUCCCGAACCCUGGACACCUUCGACGCCUCUGUCUAUUGCAUUUUUUGUCAAACGGCCUCCGACCAUGAACCGAACGAUUGCCAAACAUCUCAUUAAACUGGCUUCUCCUACCACGAUUGCCGAUACCGACUUUAUCCAUCUUCUGUCGGGUGCAUUAAACGAUGCCAAAGAACCGAUUCACGGCAUUGUGGAAUUGGGAAACGAUACACUGGGAAUUCUAAGUGCCACCGAACAACCCGAUACCCUAUUACUGCAUAUUGUUGAGCGGCCCCCUACACCGGCUUUACCAAGCUUCCAUCGUCAGGCUCCGACGUUUGGGCCGAGUCUACAGUUAGACCAACUGGCAGCGCGACCUUCACAUAUUCUGCAAUUGUGUCAACAAUGGCCCGCCCCGGAAGCGGCCAAUCAUUUGCGAAUGUUGGCCAACGAUACCUAUCACACCGCCACCCUUUAUGGUUACUGGGACAUGUGGCGAGUUUUAGAGGGCAUUUGCAUGCGAUUUAAUAUAAACCCCGAGCAAUUGAUCACUAUGUCGUCGUCACUUCGUCAUAGCCCCGCCUGAUUUAUCUCGGGCCGGUGAUCAGUGCGCUGUGUAAAUAAACAACAUACUACUGUAAAUAAUACUAAAUAAUGAAAAAACAA